AUGUUGGCCUGCACUGCAAACAAGCUCGAAAAGAAUGCAGCUGAAGAAAAGACGCUUGGACGGUUGGCAAAAAGUCAGAUGAUAGUUGGCCAACGACUCUUUCGGCCAGCCAACGUUGGCGCAAUGUUGCAUAGUGAUAGGCAGAGCGAGGUUUGGCAAGCCGUCGGCCAGGCGGCAGAUCUGUACCAAGAAACGAGCUCGUUGGCCAAGCACUUGCCAAGCAGGGUGAGGUUGGCCAGCCAAGCUCUUGCCAAGCUUGGUCCAAUCUCGAGUGACCUGUGUCAAAGCUCAACUGUGGCUUGUGCUGACCAUGAGCUUGUUUCUGUGGGGGAACAAGACAAAGCAGGUCAGUUAGAAGUAGAAGCUAACCCAACCGGUGAGGACUUAAAUGCAGCAGAAAUACUUCUGAGUCUUGGUGAAGUGCCUACAAUGCUACCAGCUGCCAUCUGUACACAGGAGGCGGGAGUGCAAGUGAAAACAGGAGACUUCGCAGUUACUUUCUUGUCACUUAUAAAUGACAACAACAUCUCGUCUAUAACAGGACUACGUAGUGUUGCUCUACUCGACGAAUUAUCAAGGCUGCUCGAGAAGAAGAUGCAAAUGUCGUCAAGGGUCCUCACGUCAAAAAGCAAGGUCGUAAUGGCAAUGAUGAUCAUCAAGCAUGCACUAUCAUUGGAUUUUGUGUCCAACCUAUUUGGAUGUGCUCCACCCACUUGUGGUAAAGCUGUCAAGUACACAAUAAGUGGACUCGCAGCAAUUUUAGAAACAGCUAUCACUUGGCCUUCUAAAGAGGAGGUUUUAAUGAACCUUCCAAGCUGUUUCAAGCCAUUCUCAAAAUACAAGAGAGGACAGACACUCAAGCACCUGAUUGGUAUUUCACCGGCCGGCCUUAUUACAUAUGUCAGUAAAGGCUACGGAGGUAGAGCCUCUGAUAAGGCAGGUUUCGAACAGAGCCAGUUCGUCAAGAAGCUUUUACCUGGAAUCGACCACAUAAUGGUGGAUAAAGGCUUCCUAAUUGAAGAUACCUGUGAAAACCACCUGAUUAAUGUCAUCAGACCACCAUUCUUGAGACAGAAAAAACAGCUGUCUAAGCAAGAAGCACUUCAGACAAAGAAGAUAGCUGCAGCAAGAGUGCACUUGGAACGUGCAAUCCAACGAAUGAAGAUAUUUAAAAUGUUGAGGUACAAAGUUCCAUGGCAUAUGGUUCCCGUGGCAGACGAUAUUGUUAUCAUCACAGCAGCCCUGACAAAUCCGUCAAGGCCAGUCAUUGCAGACACACGAUUUUGA